AGGAAAUGUCGUAGAGGAAGAAGUUCUUUUGUGGAGGUCGUUGUGGGUUGUGAGUGUUGAGUUUGGGCCAUGACUUAGUUUGGGACUUGAAAAUUUGCACGUACACGGAGCUGAAGUGAAGAGACAAUGGAGGACUACCCCACUGAAGAUGAGGCAGCGUUUUACUCCAAGGCGGAGCAUUAUUGGAAAGAGAUAUCACCCACUGUAGAUGGCAUGCUCGGAGGUUAUGGCAGCAUUUCUAGCAUUGACAUCAACGGUUCCAAAAAGUUCCUGCAGAAGUUCCUUGGGGAGGGUAAAGGUAAGACAAGACCAGGUUGUGCGCUGGACUGUGGGGCAGGAAUUGGCCGCAUCACCAAGCGUCUGCUACUACCCCUCUUCCGGACUGUGGAUUUGGUGGACGUGACCCAGGAGUUUCUGGACAAAGCCCGCUCCUACCUGGGUGAAGAGGGGAAGAGAGUGGAGAAUUAUUUUUGCUGUGGCCUGCAGGAUUUCCAGCCUCAGCUGGAACGUUACGAUGUAAUCUGGAUCCAGUGGGUCAUCGGUCACUUGACUGAUGACCACCUAGUAGAGUUCCUGAGGCGCUGUCAAGGCGCCCUACGUCCUGACGGCCUGAUCGUGAUAAAGGAUAAUGUAGCGUACGAGGGUGUGGUGCCUGAUGAGGUUGACAGUAGUGUAUGCAGAGACUUGCAGAUACUGCACCACCUGGUGGCCAGAGCCGGACUCGUCAUUGUCCACGAGGAACAACAGCAGAACUUUCCUGAAGAGAUCUACCAGGUCCACACGUUAGCUCUUAGAUAGGAGCCUUGUGAGUAAAUGAGCCAUUGUUUAUGAGAAAGCAACUGUACGAACCAUGUUAAGUCUGUACAAGAUUGUUCCUUACUGCCAGUGUCAUUGCAGUUUCUAAUGAUGCACAAGACUGGAAAAGGAUCAAUAUGUGCCUGUGUCAAAGUGUGGGGGCUUUAAGCAAGGGGGAGCUUUUCAGAUCUAGUUUGACUGAGUCUUUUGUGGACUGUUGCUGAGGGGUUGAAAGGUGUCAGGACUUAAGUUUGUCGUAUUAGCCUCCAAGACGUCUAAACAUCUUAAGCCUGUAUUUUCUCAUAAGGCGCUUUAAAGACAGCAGAAAAGCUUCAUGGUGAUGAAUGUGUGAUAUUUAAGCCAGCCCAAGUAUAGCCCGUGCUUGCACUGAACCGAGUUGUCUGGGUGGAUGUUUGUGUAUAACUUAUUUAGAGACUUAUGUAUGCAUGUAAGUGUUUACUAUGAAUGAGUGUGCAAAAAUAAAAUAAACAGCUUUGUAGAAA